AUGAUUGCUCAAGCAUUUUUAAUCCUUUUAGGGGGCCGACUUGUCGCUGCCCUCGUCGCAGACGGUGUCAACUCAGCGCAGAAUUUGAACUUUGACGCUCAUUUCAGCAACGAGCCUCAUCCAUUCACCAUUCACGUCCACCAAGACUUUCUCGAUGACACCAAGGUAAAAGCUGGUAAAGCACGCUUAUCAGUCGACCUCGAUCAACCCGACUUUGAGGAUGGAGUUCCUUCACAUGUUGUGGGCGCCUGGUCCGAGUACUGGGCAGAAGAAUACGACUGGAGAAAAGUAGAAAAGUCUCUCAAUGACGACUUUCAGCAUUUCACCACGACGGUUCACGCAGGAGAAAACUACACAUAUCCCAUCCCUCUUCAUUUCGUCCAUCAUAGGUCCAAUCGGCCAGAUGCAAUUCCCCUUUUGUUCUUGCAUGGCUGGCCCGGGACCUUUCACGAAGUUGCCGGCAUCGUUGAUCUACUUACCAGUCCGCCAAACAAUACUCUUCCCGCUUUCCAUGUAGUGGCCCCGGACUUGCCAGGCUUUGGCUUCUCCCCUGCUCCAAUGCAUCCAGGUCUGGGCUUGCGCGAGAUGGGCCAAGCAUUCAACAACUUGAUGAAGCAGCUCGGCUACACAAAAUACGUCGGCCAAGGAGGUGACUUCGGCAGCCAUAUCCUCCGCGUCAUGUCACCCGACUUCCCAGACGCACUGGUCUCUAUCCUUUCCAACCUCUUCAACGUCACGCCAAAUUCUACAGAUCUGCAACGUUUCGCCAACAAUCAGACCGACCCAGAAGAGACGGCUCUUCUUAAUCUACUGACCAAUCCAGCCUUCACCUGGACCAAGGCAUACUGGGAUAUUGAGAAGUCUGUGCCGCUGCAGGUGGCCAUUGGUCUUGCAGACAGCCCCAUCGCUUGGACGGCGUGGCAGUACAUGGGCAUGCGCAUGAUGACGCCGGGUUAUGAAUGGGACACGGAGCAACUCAUUACGUGGGCUAUGUUGAACUACAUUCAAGGCCCAUAUGGUGGGCUUAGGAUUUAUAAAGAGGCAAAUCGAGAGGGUGUUUUAGAUGGCGUCUUCCCCUUUGUCAAACAGCCAGUCGGUGUGGUCAAAUACUUUGGCGACGCAGGCUACGACGUGCCGAUUAAAUGGGCUCAGCGCCAGGGGAACAUCACCUUCUUCAGCAAGAAGGCUCCUGAUGUUCUCGGUGGGCAUUUUCCCGCCUUCAUAAAUCCUCAAAACCUUGUGGAAGACUGCUGGACGUUUUGGGGUGACAAGAGCAUUUCUGGAGUCGACGUCUUUUAUUAG